UUUGUUGGCAUGGGAUGGAGGAUGAAGAGGCAUCUUUUGAACAGAGCGUUUCUGGAGAAGUUUUGUCAUGGGUCAGGACUCCAAAGGCAGGUCCAUCCACCCAAAAGACUCACCCCUGUGAGAAAUGUGUCCCAAUCCUGAAAGACAUUUUGCACCUGGCUGAUCAACCUGGGCAGAAACUAUACUUGGAUGGAGCAUGUGCAAACCUACACCAGCUUCAGAAGCAUUACACUGCAGAGCAAAGGGAUGUAGAGAGGGCCUCAUUUGUUAAGAGCUGCAUAUCUGUGUCAGGGAAUCCCUUCACCUGUAGGAAGAUUGGAAAGGAGUUCCCAGCCACAUGGAGGUUUCUCCAGCACCAGGCCAUUUUCAACAGUGAGAAGCCAAACAAAAUCACCAAGUGUGGGGAGGCCUUUCAUAGUGGAAAAAGUCAUUACAAAUCACAUGAUGGGAAAGCCUCCAACCACAAACGAAGUCUUGUUUAUCACCCAAGAGUCUCCACUAGAAAAAGGGUUUAUGAGACCAUCAAAUAUGGGAAAGCUUUUCGCUGCAAGUACUCACUUGUUCAGCUCCAGAGAGUCCACACUGGAGAAAGGCCUUACAAGUGCAGUGAAUGUGGAACAUCUUUUAGGCAAAGAGCCACCCUCAUUAUACACCAGAGAGUUCACACUGGAGAAAAGCCUUAUACGUGUGCUGAAUGUGGGAAAUCCUUUAGUCAAGGCUCCAACCUUAUUGAACACUGCAGAAUCCAUAGUGGAGAAAGGCCUUAUGAGUGUGAGGAAUGUGGGAAUGCCUUUGGGUGCAAAUCCAAUCUCAUAAGGCACCAGAGAACUCACACUGGAGAAAAGCCUUAUGAGUGCAGUAAAUGUGGAAAAUUCUUCAGACAAAGCUUCACCCUCAUUCAACAUCAGAUAAUUCACACCACAGUAAGGCCUUAUGUGUGUGUCCGGUGUAGGAAAUCCUUUAGCCAAAGAGCUACUCUCAUUAGACACCAGAGAGUUCACACCAGUGAAAGGUUUUAUGAGUGUGGGGAAUGUGGGAAAGCUUUUGGAUCCAAAUCCAAACUUGAUCAGCACAAUAGAAGUCACACUGGAGAAAGGCCUUAUGAAUGCACUGAAUGUGGGAUCUCUUUUAGACAAAGCUACAGCCUCGUUGAACACAAGCAAAUUCACAGUAGAGCAAGGCCUUUUGAGUGUGGCCAGCGUGGGAAAUGCUUUAGCAGAAGAGCUAUUUCCACUAAACACCAAAGAAUUCACACUGGAGAAAGGCCUUGUAAGUGUGGCGAAUGUGGGAAAUCCUUUAGUCGAAGCACCAGCCUUAUUCAGCACUGCAGCAUUCACACAGGAGCAAGGCCUCAUGAGUGUGGCCAGUGUGGAAAAUCCUUUAGGCAAAAAUCUGUUCUCAUUCAACACCAGGUAGUUCACACUGGAGAAGGGCCUUAUGAAUGCAGCAAAUGUGGCAAAUCCUUUAGCCAAUGCUCCAGCCUCAAUCUCCACCGUAAAUUUCACACCCUGGAGAGGGCCCGUGAAUGCAGGAAAUAUGGGAAAUCCUUCACUGCAACAUCUGAUGUUGUUUAGCAUCAGAAAGUCCACACUCGAAAAUAGGCUUAGAUUUGAAGAAAACAUGGCUGUCUCCUUGUUCACUCUAAUGGCACUAAAUAGUUUGUGUGAGGGAGCCACGUGCCUGAAGUUAAACCUCACACUUGCAAGCAACUGGAGGGGUGAAAUUCCCCAUGAGUUGAUAGGCACGUGUGAGGUUUACAGGAGCUUCACUGCACAUU